GUCGCUAGCCGACCAAUCCCAAGCGAGCUAACGAUUGUUUAGACAUUUCAGAGAAGCUGAAAAAAUAAGUUAUCAUAACAUUGAUUAGCUUGCUUUCAUGUUAUUAGGAAUAAAAAACAAGUUAAAAUGUCAAACGAUACGGUAGUACACUGGAAGGAACUUUUGAAAAGAAGAUUGGCAUCCUCCAAGAAAGAUGAGAGGACUGAGGAGGAGAAGAAAGCAGAGGAGACAGCACUCUUCACUAAAUACUACACAGAGUGGAGGGGUGGAGGCAACAGAGAGAACUACAGGAACAUUCCACGCUUCUACUACAGGCUUCCUGCAGAGGAUGAAGUUCUCCUGCAGAAGCUGCGAGAGGAGUCCAGAGCCGUCUUUCUGCAGAGGAAGAGCCGGGAGCUUCUGGACAAUGAGGAGUUACAGAAUCUGUGGUUUCUGCUGGACAAACAUCAAGUGCCACCCAUGACAGGAGAGGAGGCAAUGAUAAGCUAUGACAGUUUUCUGAAGGUUGGAGAAAAAGCAGGAGUUAAAUGCAAGCAGUUCUUCACUGCCAGGGUGUAUGCCAAACUUCUCCACAACGAUCCAUAUGGCAGGAUAUCAAUUAUGCAGUUCUUUAACUAUGUCAUGAGAAAAGUGUGGCUUCACCAGACGAGGAUAGGACUGAGUCUCUAUGACGUGGCUGGACAGGGCUACCUCCGUGAGUCUGACUUGGAGAACUACAUUUUAGAGCUGAUUCCCACACUCCCUCAGCUGGAUGGCCUGGAGAAGUCCUUCUAUUCCUUCUAUGUCUGCACCGCUGUCCGCAAGUUUUUCUUCUUCCUGGAUCCCCUACGGACUGGGAAAAUUAAGAUUCAAGACAUCUUGGCCUGCAGCUUUUUGGAUGAUUUGCUCGAGCUGAGAGAUGAGGAGCUUUCCAAGGAGAGCCAGGAAUCCAACUGGUUCUCUGCACCCUCUGCUCUUAGAGUUUAUGGUCAGUACCUGAAUCUUGACAAGGACCACAACGGCAUGCUCAGUAAGGAGGAGCUGUCUCGCUACGGCACUGGCACUCUGACCAGCAUAUUUCUGGACCGCGUGUACCAGGAGUGCCUCACCUACGACGGAGAGAUGGACUAUAAGACGUACCUGGACUUUGUCCUGGCUCUGGAGAACAGGAAGGAGCCUGCAGCGCUGCAGUACAUCUUCAAGCUGCUGGACAUGGAGAAUAAGGGCUAUCUCAACGUCUUCGCACUCAACUACUUCUUCAGGGCCAUUCAGGAGCAGAUGAAAAUCCAUGGCCAGGAGUCGGUGUCCUUCCAGGAUGUCAAGGAUGAGAUCUUUGACAUGGUGAAGCCAAAGGAUCCCUACAAGAUCACGCUGCAGGAUCUAGUGAACAGCAGCCAAGGAGACACAGUAACCAGCAUCCUCAUUGAUCUCAACGGAUUCUGGACUUAUGAAAACAGGGAAGUUCUGGUUGCUAAUGACAACGACAGCAACACAGUUGACCUUGACGAUACAUGAAUCUUCAGUCAAACCGGGGACUACUAGACUCAGCAAGAAGAAGAUAAAUGUUACGGUAAAGAUUCCAGACACACUCACUGGAACAGUUGUUUUAAAAAGAACUUGUCAAGACUUCGAAAUACAACAGUUGUAUGACCUGUUUAAAUGUUUAUUAAUGUAGUGUACAUACUAUAGAAAAUGAAAAUGCUAUGUAUUUUACUCAAAAAAUGACUACAAAAAGCCUUCAAAUUAAACUGUUUUUCCAUUAACACAUUAUAAAAUGAUUUUACAUAA